AUGGCUUUCAACAAAUUAUCUUCCAUAAUUUUAGUGCUUUUUCUUCUUUCUUACUCAACAUUCACCAAUGCCCAAGGUUCUCCACCAUCACCAAAUCAAACACCUUCAGCCACUUCUGCUCAACCUUCAUCCCAAGGUAAUUGCCCCAUAGACACCUUAAAGAUGAGGGUUUGUGCUAAUCUUUUAGGAUUGGUUCAUCUUGGAACUCCUCCUUUGGGUAGUGAAUGUUGUGCAUUAAUCGAUGGUUUGGUUGAUUUAGAAGCUGCAGCUUGUAUUUGUAUCGCACUUAAGGCGAAUGUGCUUGGAAUCAACUUAAACAUACCUAUCGACCUCAGCUUGAUUCUUGGUGCAUGUCAAAAAAGUGUUCCUCUUGAAUAUAAGUGUGUCUAG